CCUGGUACUUGGAGUCCCUUUCUUUUCUUUGCCGGCUAGUGACCCAGAAACCUCCCCUGGCUCUCGCGUCAUGAGUGGCGCCGGCGCAGAGCUGGAGGGAGGCGGGAACGCCGUGAGGUGAGUGUGGCCGGCUGAGCUGAGGCAAACUUCGGCGGGGCCGCCAGAGCUUUCCUGCCGCGCAAUGGCGCCCCCGGCAGCGUAGAGGCCCAGAGACCGCGGGGAGCCGCAGGCUGUCGUCCUUCCGCGGUGUCCGACCGAGAGAGUUCUGGACGCUGUGACCAUGUCGGUGCCACUAGCCAAGCUGCCCUGCCCGGAGCCUAGUGUUAGCACUGCUGACAAUCAAGAGGUGGAUGCAAAUUCGCCAGCAGUGUGACUGAUACCUGGUGUUAGGAGCAUAUCGGUGCCUUCAAACCUUAAAACUUAAUAUUCUACCUCUGUGUGCUGCAAGAUGGUCUUCAACUUCUGUUGUACCUCGAAUUACUACCCACUAUACUAUUUAUCCCCGGGAUAAGGACAAGCGAUGGGAAGGAGUGAGCAUGGAGAGAUUUGCAGAAGAGGCAGACGUGGUGAUCGUUGGUGCGGGCCCUGCCGGGCUCUCUGCCGCUGUCCGUCUGAAGCAGUUAGCUGCAGAGCGUGAAAAGGAUAUCCGCGUGUGUCUCGUGGAGAAAGCUGCUCAGAUAGGAGCCCACACGCUCUCAGGAGCUUGCCUUGAUCCAGGGGCUUUUAAAGAACUCUUCCCAGACUGGAAGGAGAAGGGGGCUCCACUUAAUACUCCUGUAACAGAAGACAGAUUCGGAAUUUUAACAGAGAAAUACAGAAUUCCUGUGCCAAUUCUUCCAGGUCUUCCAAUGAACAAUCAUGGCAAUUACAUUGUACGCCUGGGACAUUUAGUGACCUGGAUGGGAGAACAAGCCGAGGCCCUUGGUGUGGAAGUAUACCCUGGUUAUGCUGCUGCCGAGGUCCUUUUCCAUGAAGAUGGUAGUGUAAAAGGAAUUGCUACCAACGAUGUAGGAAUACAAAAAGAUGGUGCCCCGAAGACAACGUUUGAGAGAGGGUUGGAACUGCAUGCCAAAGUCACCAUCUUUGCAGAGGGUUGCCACGGACAUCUGGCCAAGCAGCUCUACAAGAAGUUUAAUUUGAGGGCUGACUGCGAUACCCAGACCUAUGGGAUUGGACUGAAGGAGUUGUGGGUCAUCGAUGAAAAGAAGUGGAAGCCUGGGCGGGUAGAUCACACUGUUGGCUGGCCCUUGGAUAGACACACGUAUGGAGGCUCUUUCCUCUACCACCUCAAUGAAGGGGAGCCCCUCGUGGCUCUGGGCUUUGUGGUUGGUCUGGACUAUCAGAAUCCAUACCUGAGUCCCUUUAGAGAGUUCCAGAGGUGGAAACACCACCCCAGCAUUCAGCCGACCCUGGAAGGUGGAAAAAGGAUUGCCUACGGAGCCAGAGCGCUCAAUGAAGGUGGCUUUCAGUCCAUACCAAAACUCACCUUUCCUGGUGGCUUACUAAUUGGUUGCAGCCCUGGUUUUAUGAAUGUUCCCAAGAUCAAAGGUACCCACACAGCAAUGAAAAGUGGAAGUUUGGCAGCAGAAUCAAUUUUCAGUCAACUAACUAAUGAAAAUCUCCAGUCAAAGACAAUAGGACUCCAUGUAACUGAGUAUGAGGACAAUUUAAAGAAAUCUUGGGUAUGGAAAGAGCUGUAUUCUGUUAGAAAUAUAAGACCAUCCUGCCAUGGAAUCCUGGGUCUAUAUGGAGGCAUGAUUUACACUGGAAUAUUCUACUGGAUAUUGAGAGGAAUGGAGCCUUGGACUCUAAAACAUAAAGGUUCUGACUCUGCUCAGCUCAGACCAGCCAAGGACUGCACACCAAUCGAGUAUCCCAAGCCUGACGGCAAGAUCAGUUUCGACCUCUUGUCGUCUGUGGCUCUGAGUGGUACCAACCAUGAACAUGACCAGCCGGCACACUUAACCCUGAAGGACGACAGCAUACCUGUGAACAGGAACCUGGCAGUGUACGAUGGGCCUGAGCAGCGCUUCUGCCCUGCAGGAGUGUAUGAAUUCGUACCAUUGGAACAAGGUGAUGGAUUUCGGCUCCAGAUAAAUGCCCAGAACUGUGUGCACUGUAAAACAUGUGAUAUUAAGGAUCCAAGUCAGAAUAUUAACUGGGUGGUGCCUGAAGGUGGAGGAGGUCCUGCUUACAAUGGGAUGUGAGCUGUAACUGAUAACAUUCGCAGGCACAUUUCAUAAUCAGACUGCUCAAAAUGCAAAUGUGUGGCAAACUUAACUUGAACAAAUAUCCUUCAGAAAAUAAGUAUCAGUAAAAUAAAAAUUUUAUACAAUAUCUAA